CCUCCUGCAGCCUGUCGGGCGCAGAGAUGCGCUGCACUUGUCCGGCGUAGAUCGCGGCUGCUGUUUGUUUCCUUUCCUUAUUUCCUUCGUGUCAUGGCCUCUGUGCGGACUGGAAGCCCACGGUGACAUGCGUCCACGGAGCGCUGAACCUGUUCCCUCCCGCGCGGCACAAACCCCGUGAAGCAGCAGGCCGUGUCUCCUCCGCACCCACGAUCAUGUCGGGGAAUCAUUACAAAGGCCACGAAGUCAGCUGCUGCAUCAAAUACUUCAUCUUUGGAUUCAACAUCCUGUUCUGGCUGCUGGGCAUGGCCUUAGUGGGAAUCGGACUGUGGGCGUGGAGCGAGAAGGGGGUCCUGUCCAACAUCUCAUCUAUCACAGACCUGGGGGGUCUGGACCCAGUCUGGCUCUUCAUGGUGGUUGGGGCGGUUAUGUUCAUCCUGGGCUUUGCCGGAUGCAUCGGAGCGCUGCGGGAAAACACGUUUCUACUGAAGUUUUUCUCAGUGUUCCUUGGAAUCAUCUUCUUCCUGGAGUUAACGACGGGAGUUCUGGCGUUUGUCUUUAAGGACUGGAUUAAAGACCAGCUCAACCUGUUCAUCAACAACAACAUCCGGGCGUAUCGGGACGACAUCGAUCUGCAGAACCUCAUCGAUUUCACUCAGGAAUAUUGGGAGUGCUGUGGUGCUUUCGGAGCAGAUGACUGGAACCUGAACAUCUAUUUUAACUGCACUGAUGGAAAUCCCAGUCGGGAAAAGUGCGGCGUUCCCUUCUCCUGCUGCACCAAGGACCCAGCGGAGGAUGUGAUCAACACUCAGUGUGGCUACGACAUUCGAGCCAAACCAGACUCAGAGCAGAAGGACCACAUCAACGUUAAAGGCUGCGUGCCCCAGUUUGAGAAGUGGCUGCAGGACAACCUCACGCUGGUGGCUGGGAUCUUCAUCGGAGUUGCGCUCCUGCAGAUUUUUGGAAUUUGUUUGGCUCAGAACUUAGUGAGCGACAUCGAGGCUGUGCGGGCGAGCUGGGUGCCCCCCCCUCUCUCCAUGCGCCGACUCCCACCAUACUCCAGCAAGAAAGCGUCGGCUUACUACUCGUGAGACACUCGCACACACACCCGUGUGUGUUUGUCACCGUUUCUUUACCUAAUGCAGCGUUUGAGGAUCAGCUCCAACUUUGACAUCACCGUCGGGGAGCAUCAGCACUGAUCACGGCACCGUUCCCUUCACUGAACCAGCACCUUUGUUCCAAGGCACUAAUAUGUGAAAUGACUUGUAUAUAAACACUGUGAGUAACUACUGUACAAAGACUGAGCGCACUCUUAGCGUACGCUGUGCUCCAGGUUUGAUAGCUACAUCUAGAUAGAAGUUUUGAUAAUGUUUUUGAUAUUAGAUAUUUUUCACUGUAGUCAUUACGGCCCAUCGUUAGGACUGCGGCUCGUGCUCCUCACACUCAACCACUCGCUUCCUCUACCUUUGCAUAAGUUGUGCUUGACUGCAGCACCGUAGGGAGGAAUCUGUUAGUGGAGCGCUGUGGAUAUCUUUGCAUACUGACAGCAGCUGAGCAUGCUGUAAAUACACAUUACGAAUGAAAGAAGGGAUCACUUCAAUGACUUGAUUCUCUACUGAAGAAUGGAAGUGUUUGAGGAUGUUGCUGCCACUUUCAUCACCACUUUGUAGCUCUGCUGGAGUGGAUAGCUAAACUCCCACUGCCCUACCCCUCGCUCCGGUGUGACACCUCAGUAUUCUUUAAUCGGCUCAUUCCAGAUUGAAAUCCGUUUUAUUGAAGAACUCCACCUUAGAGCUCGUUGUGAUCAGACUGACUGGGAAGUUAAAAGACAGAAAACGUUCUUCUGUUUAAAGAGGAUUUAUUAUUUCUUUGAUCUAUUUAAAGGCAGAAGUGGCAACAACUGUAGCUUCUCUCAGUGCUGCUUGGCUCAAAGGGAACCAGUUCCCAUGGACUCAACUUUACAGUAUUUUAAAACAGCGGUCCCCAACCUUUUUUGCACCACGGACCGGUUUAUGUCCGACAAUGUUUUCACAGACCGGCCUUUAAGGUGUCGCGGAUAAAUACAACAAAAUAAAACCAGUGCUGGUACCAAAAAAGAGAAGAUUUAUUCAUAACACACGGGAAAAGACCCAGGGAAACCGAGUUAGCGAUGAAACCGAUAAAAAAAAUAACGAUAAAAACUCUCAAAACCAUGAAUUUCACACUCGAGCCUCAACUUUCACAGCCCUCAGCGACUCACGGAGCGGCCGAUGGCCCGGGGGCUGGGGACCGCUGCUUUAAAGCAUAUUUACGUUCUGGGACAAAAAACAGACACAUUAGUAACAUAUCUAUAGUGGGCUGCUUCUAAAGAACUCAUUCACCUGGACAACUGAAAUGUGGGUGUGGCAUCUUUGACAGGUAUAUCAGCACAGGUAGCUGACACUGCAGGCCUCACCUUUGAACCUGACCCCGCACUUUUAGAAUUGUUAUUGGCUCGUCUGACUCAUAACUCGGCUCCCUGUGUGGUGCAGACAGUUCUGGUGACACUCUGGUGUUUUAUUAGUCUGUUUAUUUUAUGGAUCUUACUAAUGAAGCUAAUAGCACUGGCUGAGAGUUAGCGCUCCACCCUCUAGUCUAUAUAAGCUAACCUGUGGCUCCACAGAGCUAACAUGGCAGCAGCCCAAACCUUCACUUCUCAGCUUUAGAAUUAAAAAAAUGUGACACCACUUUGUUUUUGUCUGUUUGAUAUCAUCUGUGGAAAAUACAGUAAAGGAAACACCCUGUUGAAAAUGUUAGUACAUUUCAGUUUGCAUCACAAACGGUCACAAUGUGACUAAACUAGAAAACACAGAGUUCAGCUGAGGCUGAUCUGAGGCUCCAGCUGGGCUUUGGUGGUUUAUCUCAAAAACAAAGCUACAUGUGACUCCACCCAAAACAUAUCCUGACACUGUUGCUCAGUAAAGUCACAGCUUUGGAUACAAAGGGAAGAAAAUGAUUCUGAAAACCAAUAAAAAUGACCUGUUCAGUUACAGUAACUAAUGAUUCUUAGUGUAAGCAUUACAUGUUACAAUGUAACCCAUUACAUGAAGGACAAAGUAAGAUGUUUAAAGAAAGUCGUUUGGGUAAUUUGACAGUUACUGGCUGGUGUUCUCGCUCCAUCACAUGUGAAGAAAUGAGUCAUUUUUUACACUUCUGCUGUUUUCAGGUGUCCCUCUGAUUCUACUCGUUGGUUUGUUCAUGUCCUGAUUCACACGUCUACAUAACGUUACGUUUGGUGAGAAUAAUCAUCCUCAGUGUUUCAUAUCCAGCGUUUUUCACUUGAAUGAAAACAAGCGUCUGUGCUCCGUGUUUCCUUUGGUGAUUUAAAGUGAUUUGAUUGGCUCACAGCAUGUCCUUGUAUUAAUGUGCUAACUACAUUGUUUUCCUUGUUACGCUGGUUAGAAAGUGUCCCCGGAGCUCCACAGAGUUCUUUUCUACUCACAAAGGGAUCAAUAAUGUUUUUGAUAAUAAAUAUGUAUUUUACAAUGAACCUGGUUUUCUAACUCUAAAUCUGUCAGUACUACUGAAUCUGCAGUGAUACUUUUGGAGGUGGUUGACCACAGAACGCCACAGACACUGGACUGUAACUGCCUCCUGUGAUGUCUUUGUCUCAAACUGUUGGACUGCUUUUAAUAUUAAUAAAGGUGAUGACAUUACUGAUCA